CUGUACCAGAACAGGUUUUUAGGCCUGGCUGCCAUGGCGUCUCCAUCCAGAAACUCCCAGAGCCGACGCCGGUGCAAGGAGCCGCUCCGCUACAGCUACAACCCUGACCAGUUCCAUAACAUGGACAUCAGGGGUGGUCCCCACGAUGGUGUGACCAUCCCCCGCUCCACCAGCGACACUGACCUGGUCACCUCAGACAGUCGCUCCACUCUCAUGGUCAGCAGCUCCUACUACUCCAUAGGACACUCUCAGGAUCUGGUGAUCCACUGGGACAUAAAGGAGGAAGUGGAUGCUGGGGACUGGAUUGGCAUGUACCUCAUCGAUGAGGUCUUGUCUGAAAACUUCCUGGACUAUAAGAACCGUGGAGUCAAUGGUUCUCAUCGGGGCCAGAUCAUCUGGAAGAUUGAUGCCAGCUCUUACUUUGUGGAACCUGAAACUAAGAUCUGCUUCAAAUACUACCAUGGAGUCAGUGGCGCCCUGAGAGCUACCACCCCCAGCGUCACGGUGAAAAACUCAGCAGCUCCAAUUUUUAAGAGCAUUGGCGCUGAUGAGACUGUCCAAGGGCAAGGAAGUAGGAGACUGAUCAGUUUUUCUCUCUCAGAUUUCCAGGCCAUGGGUUUGAAGAAAGGGAUGUUUUUCAACCCAGACCCUUACCUGAAGAUAUCAAUUCAGCCAGGGAAGCACAGCAUCUUCCCUGCCCUCCCUCACCAUGGACAGGAGAGGAGAUCCAAGAUCGUGGGCAACACUGUGAACCCUGUCUGGCAGGCCGAGCAAUUCAGUUUUGUGUCCUUGCCCACCGAUGUGCUAGAAAUUGAGGUGAAGGACAAGUUUGCCAAGAGCCGCCCCAUCAUCAAGCGUUUCUUGGGAAAGCUGUCGAUGCCGGUUCAGAGACUGCUGGAGAGACACGCUAUAGGGGAUAGGGUGGUCAGCUACACACUUGGCCGCAGGCUUCCAACAGAUCAUGUGAGUGGACAGCUGCAGUUCCGAUUUGAGAUCACUUCCUCCAUCCACCCAGAUGAUGAGGAGAUGUCCAUGAGCACGGAGCCCGAGUCGGCGGGGAAUCAGGACAGCCCCAGGAGCAACCUGGUGGGAGGCAGUCGUGAGGAUCCCGCGUGCGAGGCAUCGGAGCCGGGGGACAGCUCCAAGCCAGAGCUGCCCAGUGAGGGCGGCGCUGCCGAGGAUGGCGCCGGGAGCCAGAGCCUGGAGCUGGCCGGGCCGGCUGAGGCAGCGGCAGGCACCGCUGAGGCUGGAGAGGGCGGCGCGGUGUCUGUGGGGCCUGGAGGGGCAGGAGAGCCUCUGGCCCCGGGGCAAGAGGACACCCAGCCCGGCCCAAGUGCAGAAGAACUGGCCGAGCGGCUGGACCUGGGGGAGGAGGCUCCUCUGCUGCUGCUGGAAGACGGUGAGGCCCAAGGCAGCCCCGAGCAGCCCGGCGCGGAGGAAGUGGAGACGGGGAGCCGGGCUGGAGGCGGGGAGGAGGAGAAGGGCCCCGAGGAGGAGGUGGAGGAGGCGGAGGAGGCGGAGGGGGCCGUGUCCACCCUGCAGCCGGGGGAGGGCAGGCUGCAGCUGCGGGCCUCGGUGAAAAGGAAGAGCAGGCCGUGCUCGCUGCCGGUGUCGGAGCUGGAGACGGUGAUCGCGUCGGCGUGCGGGGACCCCGAGACGCCGCGCACCCACUACAUCCGCAUCCACACCCUGCUGCACAGUCUGCCCGCCGCGCAGGCCGGGGCCGCGGCCGACGAGGACGACGGCGCCGAGGAGGAGUCCACCCUCAAGGACUCCUCGGAGAAGGAUGGGCUCAGCGAGGUGGACACGGUGGCCGCCGACCCGGCCGCCCUGGAUGACGACGAUGAUGGAGAAGGGAUCGGGGGCGCUGUGCCGGGCCCGGGGCGCCCUGGCCCCUCGGGGGACGCGGGCCCGGACGGCGACGCACACCCGAGCACCGGCAGCGAGAGUGACUCGAGCCCGCGGCAGGGCGGCGAGCACAGCUGCGAGGGCUGCGACGCCUCGUGCUGCAGCCCCUCGUGCUACAGCUCCUCGUGCUACAGCACGUCCUGCUACAGCAGCUCCUGCCACAGCGCCUCCUGCUACAGCCCCUCCUGCUACCCCGGCGGCAGCAGGUUCGCCAGCCACACGCGCUUCUCCUCCGUGGACAGCGCCAAGAUCUCCGAGAGCACCGUGUUCUCCUCGCAGGACGACGACGACGACGAGAACAGCGCCUUCGAGUCGGUGCCGGACUCGGUGCAGAGCCCGGAGCUGGAGCCGGAGUCCGCGAACGGCGUGGGCGCCUGGCCGGACGAGCUCUCGGGCACCCCGGGCGGCGGGAGCGCGGCGAGAACGGCCGAAGGCCUCGAGUCGCCCGUGGCCGGGCCCAGCCACCGGAGAGAAGGUGAAUGUCCUAGACUCCAUAAUUCCCAGCCAGUAAGCCAGCUUCCUUCAUUGAGGCCUGAACAUCAUCACUACCCAACAAUCGAUGAGCCUCUUCCACCAAACUGGGAAGCUCGAAUUGACAGCCACGGGCGGGUCUUUUACGUGGACCAUGUGAACCGCACGACCACCUGGCAGCGUCCGACAGCAGCAGCCACCCCAGAUGGGAUGCGGAGAUCUGGGUCCAUCCAGCAGAUGGAGCAACUCAACAGGCGGUAUCAAAAUAUUCAGCGAACCAUUGCAACAGAGAGGCCCGAAGAAGAUUCUGGCAGCCAAACCUGUGAGCAAGGCCCCGCAGGAGGAGGUGGAGGGAGUGACUCAGAGGCCGAAUCUUCCCAGUCCAGCUUAGAUCUCAGGAGAGAAGGUUCGCUUUCUCCAGUGAACUCACAAAAGAUCACCUUGCUGCUCCAGUCCCCAGCGGUCAAGUUCAUCACCAACCCCGAGUUCUUCACUGUGCUGCACGCCAACUAUAGUGCCUACCGAGUCUUCACCAGUAGCACCUGCUUAAAGCAUAUGAUUCUCAAAGUCCGCCGAGACGCCCGCAAUUUUGAACGCUACCAGCACAACCGGGACUUGGUGAAUUUCAUCAACAUGUUUGCUGACACUCGGCUGGAGCUGCCCCGGGGCUGGGAGAUCAAAACAGACCAGCAGGGAAAGUCUUUUUUCGUGGACCACAAUAGCCGAGCUACCACUUUCAUUGACCCCCGAAUCCCUCUUCAGAACGGUCGCCUUCCCAAUCAUCUGACUCACCGACAGCACCUCCAGAGACUCCGAAGCUACAGCGCUGGAGAGGCCUCAGAAGUCUCCAGAAACAGAGGAGCCUCUUUACUGGCCCGGCCAGGACACAGCCUGGUUGCUGCUAUUCGGAGCCAACAUCAACAUGAGUCAUUGCCACUGGCAUAUAAUGACAAGAUUGUGGCAUUUCUUCGCCAACCAAACAUUUUUGAAAUGUUGCAAGAGCGUCAGCCAAGUUUGGCAAGAAACCACGCACUCAGGGAGAAAAUCCAUUACAUUCGGACAGAGGGUAAUCACGGGCUUGAAAAGUUGUCCUGUGAUGCAGAUCUAGUCAUCCUACUAAGUCUCUUUGAAGAAGAGAUUAUGUCCUACGUCCCGCUGCAGGCUGCCUUCCACCCUGGGUAUAGCUUCUCUCCCCGCUGUUCACCCUGUUCCUCACCUCAGAACUCCCCAGGUUUACAGAGAGCCAGUGCGAGAGCCCCUUCACCAUACAGGAGAGACUUUGAGGCCAAGCUCCGCAAUUUCUACCGAAAACUAGAAGCCAAAGGAUUUGGUCAGGGUCCAGGGAAAAUUAAGCUCAUUAUCCGGCGAGAUCAUUUGUUGGAGGGAACCUUCAAUCAGGUGAUGGCCUACUCCCGGAAGGAGCUCCAGCGAAACAAGCUCUACGUGACCUUUGUUGGAGAGGAGGGCCUGGACUACAGUGGUCCUUCCCGAGAGUUCUUCUUCCUUUUGUCUCAGGAGCUCUUCAACCCCUACUAUGGACUCUUUGAGUACUCUGCAAAUGAUACCUACACAGUACAGAUCAGCCCCAUGUCUGCAUUUGUAGAAAACCAUCUCGAAUGGUUUAGGUUCAGUGGCCGCAUCCUGGGCUUGGCUCUGAUCCAUCAGUACCUUCUGGACGCCUUCUUCACAAGGCCCUUCUAUAAGGCGCUGCUGAGACUGCCUUGUGAUUUGAGUGACCUGGAAUAUUUGGAUGAAGAGUUCCACCAGAGCUUGCAAUGGAUGAAAGACAACAACAUCACAGAUAUCCUGGACCUCACUUUCACUGUUAAUGAAGAGGUUUUUGGACAGGUAACAGAAAGAGAGCUGAAGUCGGGAGGCGCCAACACCCAGGUGACGGAGAAGAACAAGAAGGAGUACAUCGAGAGGAUGGUGAAGUGGCGCGUGGAGCGCGGCGUGGUACAGCAGACCGAGGCGCUGGUGCGGGGCUUCUACGAGGUGGUAGACUCGAGGCUUGUGUCCGUGUUCGAUGCCAGGGAGUUGGAGCUGGUGAUAGCUGGCACAGCAGAAAUUGACCUAAAUGACUGGCGGAAUAACACUGAGUACCGGGGAGGCUAUCACGAUGGCCAUCUUGUGAUCCGCUGGUUCUGGGCUGCGGUGGAGCGCUUCAACAAUGAGCAGAGACUAAGAUUACUUCAGUUUGUCACAGGAACAUCAAGUGUGCCCUACGAAGGCUUCGCAGCCCUCCGAGGAAGCAAUGGGCUUCGGCGUUUCUGCAUAGAGAAAUGGGGGAAAAUUACGUCUCUCCCCAGGGCACACACAUGCUUCAACCGAUUGGAUCUUCCACCAUAUCCCUCCUACUCCAUGCUGUAUGAAAAGCUGUUGACAGCAGUUGAAGAAACCAGCACCUUUGGACUUGAGUGA